GUGUUGGUUCAACGAUAGGUGCAGGGGUCUACGUUCUUGUAGGAACCGUUGCUCGAGAGCACGCGGGACCCGCCCUGACCAUCUCCUUUUUAAUAGCUGGAAUAGCUGCUGCACUCUCAGCCUUUUGUUAUGCUGAGCUUGCGAGCCGUUGCCCCUCUGCAGGGAGUGCCUACCACUACUCAUACAUUUGUGUUGGAGAAGGCGUUGCUUGGUUAAUCGGUUGGGCUCUAAUACUGGAAUAUACAAUUGGCGGCUCAGCAGUUGCGCGUGGUAUAUCCCCAAAUUUGGCCUUGUUUUUCGGAGGACCUGAUAGCCUUCCUCCUUUUCUAGCUCGUGCUUACAUUCCAUGGCUCGAUAUUGUUGUUGAUCCACUGGCCGCUUUUCUUGUAUUAAUUGUCACUGCACUGCUUUGCGUCGGCAUAAAAGAGAGUUCAUUUGUUCAAGCAAUUGUCACAACAUUAAAUGCCUGUGUCAUGCUAUUUGUGAUUAUUGCUGGUGGAUAUAUUGGCUUCAAGACUGGAUGGGUCGGCUACACUGUUGCUGGAGGGUACUUUCCUUAUGGAGUAAAUGGAAUGCUUGCCGGGUCAGCAACUGUUUUCUUUGCAUACAUAGGCUUCGAUUCAGUUGCUAGCACUGCUGAGGAGGUAAAAAAUCCUCAGCGAGAUUUACCAUGGGGAAUAGGGACCGCACUGUCUAUAUGUUGUUCCCUCUACAUGAUGGUGUCAAUUGUUAUUUGUGGCAUAGUACCUUAUUUCGCAAUGGACCCAGACACUCCUAUUUCGUCGGCUUUCUCAAGACACGGGAUGCAGUGGGCAAUGUACAUAGUCACAACUGGUGCUGUGCUCGCUCUUUGCUCAACUUUGAUGGGUUCUCUUCUCCCUCAGCCUAGAAUACUGAUGGCAAUGGCUAGAGAUGGACUGUUGCCACAUUUCUUCUCCGAUGUCAACAAACGAACUCAAGUCCCUGUCAAGAGCACAAUCUUAACUGGUAUCUGUGCUGCUGUCCUAGCUUUCUUCAUGGAUGUGUCACAAUUGGCAGGAAUGGUUAGUGUUGGCACCCUUCUUGCAUUCACCAUUGUAGCCGUCUCGAUCUUGAUACUCAGAUACGUCCCUCCAGAAGAGGUACCUAUGCCAUCAUCUUUUAGAGAAUCAAUCGAUACGGUGUCAUUUCGUAAUUCUCAAGAAAACAACAAUGAGAAGGCCAAAGAUAUUACUGGUUUGGAGGACCAUAAAAGUGGCACAUCUCGUGCAAAGGAUGUUGAAGUAUCAUCUGAUUAUCCUCUCAUUGUAAAGGAAAUAGACCAAGACAAGUUGAACAAACAAACACGGCGAAAAAGAGCUGCUUUGAGCAUAGCAUCUGUUUGUGUAGGAGUUGUAAUCCUCACUUCUUCAGCUUCGGCCACCUUUUUGCCUGU